AUUCACGAACUAACUGAAAAUCAAUGAAUGAGUUAAUUAUGAACGGGUUUUCCUUGUACCAAUUUUAAUGUACGAUGAUUUUCUGCCCAAGUAUAUAUGUGCAAUCAAUUUGUAUCAUUCACAGGCGGCAGAAGGGCGUUCGUCGUGUGUAGGAUGGAGGGAGUCAUCGACACUGAAGCAUCGCAAGGGCACCAAGAGGAUAAAGUUCCCACCGCCUCGCACGACGAAGAGCUGACAUGCUCACUUUAUAUUUCGCGGGCUGGCAAUAGCCAGAAUAGUCAAAAUUCCCAGAGUGGUAGCGAAUUGGCAAAAGUGGUCCUGGAAGAUGCAAUACGAGUGGCUAACCCAUCCGCUGGAUGGCAAGUAUCGGAGACUUUGUGCGGUCUCAUAGCUGCCUUUGCACGAGAAGCCGAUGCGGACAAGCUGCUACAGAGAGGAGAUCUUGCACGGAUAUUUGAGGGCCCUGUUCAGGUAGCUCGCUUUUCGGCAAGGGAUUCUCGGUAUCAUCAGGCAGUUUUGUUACGAGACGUGCCCUGGGCGAUCCCACUCCAAGAUCUGAGUUCCGCCUUAUCAAAGCAAGGCAUUGCUGCAGGGAGCGUUGAACGAUCUCGGCAAUACAUCAGAGUUGAGGUUCUCAAUUCAGGUCAUUAUGAGCUGCUCUUACGUCAAGGUCUCGAUUUUUUUGGAGCUGCUCGAUUCACUGCGGUACCAGAACGGUGGUGGCGAAAUGGCGGAUCCGUCGGAGGGGGACCGUCGCAGGCAGUAGUUGGAGGAAAUGCAGCUGGUUGCCACGGAGUCGAGCCGCCACUUGCGCAUCAGGGUGACGGAGUAUUGCAAUGCUACAGAUGCCAAGGUUUCUGGCAUGUAGCCGCCAACUGUAGGCAUUUACCGAGAUGUGUACGCUGUGGUGAACCACACAGCGUCGAAUUUUGCCCACGUCCACGUAGCAAUCCUGUCUGUUGUCAUUGCGCAGGUCCUCACCAUGCAGGAUUUCGUCAGUGUCCAGUCAGGCUGCAACUUUUGAAUGCGACCCCGAUCAGUAUCACGUUAAGUACAACACGGGCGGGAGGUCAAUACGGUCUGCAACCUGAAAGCAAGGCUGGCCUUCCUCAAGAGCAACAGUCGCCGUCACAGGUUGCGCCUAGUCCUUAAAAUCUGAUAACUACUGGUGAAUUUGAGUUACAUAAACGCCUCAUGUCCUAUCAAAUCAUUGUAAUCUAGGUACAGAAAUAUAUUCAAAUAAUAAUAGAUGAUCAACAUUUACAUAGCAAUGUCCUCCUCAAUAAGUAUUAGCCCAAAAAUAGAAGUGCCAUGAAGGAUAAAAAAAAAAUUAUAAAUUCUUAGAGAAUAACUUAACAUAACAGUUAAUAAUGUAAAUGCGUCAAUUGUUUCGAGAUCUUUUUACGUUUAGCAUGACUCUCUAUGCCGUUACAAGUCUGAAAUUCAAGAAUAGCUUGUUAUUAUACGAGGGUUGCGUGUGCCCGUGUGUGCUUUUUGUUCCACCAAAGAUAUAGAAAUUAACAGUAACACAGAGGUCGCCUAAUGCUUUUAUCAAAAACUUAGAUAGUCUUAUCAAUUUUCAACAAACAAGAUAAAACGGACUGUAAAUUUUUUUAAAUGUUUUAUGCAAUUUCGUUCAAAUACAUGCAAAUACUUAUAUUGAAUAUAACCAAGAUGUUUGUAUUUUCAACAUUCAAUAUAAUCCGUUAUGCUGUUGGUAAUUCUAUAUUGAGUAAAUUGACAUGCUCCAAAUUCUCACAGUGUGCAUUUGCCAAUUUGAAAAUACCCGCGCCAAAAAAAGCGAUGUAAAAAAAGCACGACCAAUUACUAAACACGCCGGGUAAUACAUUAUUGGAAGUUCUCUGCCUGUGUAAAUUCCACUUUUUGCUAUAAUAUAUAAAAAAAAAUGUAUACGCACGUAUACAUAAUUUGAAAUUCUAAUAUCAUUCAUUAUUAAUUUACGAUUCCUUAAAUAGUCGAAUACAGUAGAAGUAUAGAAAUGCUAUCAGUAACUAAGACAAGUCAUUGUGUCUGAUUAGAAAACAUAACUUUUAACCAUUGGCAGCAGAGAGAAAAAAGAAUUUCUGAAAGAAAAUUACGUUAAAUUGUAAUGUCAUAAUAUUUAGUAUUGUAAUUCAAAUUUAUAUCAAAUAGUCACUUAUAUUAAUUCCAAAGAGUGCGAGUCAACAACGGUAAUUAUUAUCCUAAUAUAUUUCCAACAUUUACAACUUUGUAUGAAUGACUUACGAUUGGAAGAAGUUUGA